UUGGAGUAGAUAAUCUCCAAGCCCUUUUCAGUUCUGUAUCUUAUGAUUCUAGUGCUGUGAGAAUACAGAAUAAUAAUUUACAAAAGGUGCAAGUAGAAGUCCCCUGAGGACCCAGGGCUAGACACAAAGAUUUCAUCAGUAUACUUAAAAGCAUGAUUCCCUCUAGUUUAACUCCAUUGUUAAUUGAACCCUUGAUUCUAUCUGGUCUAAGUUCAAAAGGUCAUUUGUGGCAGAACCUUCUCUCCAGGCUAGGAUCAUACCCCUGAAAAGCCAUAAAGUCCACCUGAAACAGUAUUAGGGGAUCUGUCAUCCUUUAAUUUGUCUAAAUUCAUCCUCAGCCACUUCAUAUUUCUUACCUGGACUACUUCCUAAGGUAGAUGUGUGGAACAUGGAAGUUACUGAAUAUCAGAGCUGGAAGAUACCUCAAAGAUCAUCUAGUCUAGCCCCAAGACACCACAUGGUGUUUGGAAAGAGCACUGGUCAUAAGAUCCAGGAAACCUGGGUUCAAAUCCUGGCUUUGACACUAGCCUUGUGGCAGUAGCUAAGUUAUGAGCCUCAGUUUCCUUGUCUGUAAAGUAAGGAUGGUAGUAAUACUCCCACUAGCUGACUCACAGUGUUGUGAAGGAAGCACUUUGAAGCACUUUGUGAGUUGUACAUAGGAGAAAACCAAAUCAGAGAGAAGUUAGUGACUUGACUAAUAUUAUAAUAGGUACUUCAUGGCAGGGACAGAAUUCCAAAAUGCUUCACUCUUAGUCUAGUGCUCUAUGGGUAUGCUAUAUAAAACUUCCUUUUAUUCAUCCUAGAACUUCAAAGUAUACUCCUGAGUUUAGCAUUCAGAGAUUGGUGAACAAAUUCCUCUUUGCUGAUGUUAAUGAGCUUUUACUAUAUUUUGUCUUUCUGUAAUAGUUACUCAUGUUUCAGUCUAUCAUUUAUGGACUUUAAGGAGAGUACCUAAUGGGUCCAUGCCCUCUAGUAAGCUGAAAAUAAUCCUUUGUCCCCCUAAUUUCCAGUAGGAAAUUAAAUGGAACCAUCUAAACUUUGUUGCAAAUUAUAGAAAAAGUGUGGGUGUAUAUGUAUGUUUGUGAACCAUGUACAGUCAGGGUAUCUGAUUGUCUUUUAUAGGUUGGACAUAUUCCGUUUACUUAGAAAGAGAAAUCAACAUUUUCCAAGAUGGGUGAAAGAAAAGGUGUAAACAAGUACUACCCUCCAGACUUUGAUCCAGCAAAGCAUGGCUCUCUCAAUCGAUACCACCACAGCCACCCCCUCCGGGAGAGGGCACGGAAACUCUCACAGGGUAUUCUUGUCAUCAGAUUUGAGAUGCCUUAUAACAUAUGGUGUGAUGGCUGUAAGAACCACAUUGGCAUGGGUGUUCGUUACAAUGCCGAAAAGAAGAAAGUUGGUAAUUAUUACACAACCCCAAUCUACAGAUUCAGAAUGAAAUGUCAUCUCUGUGUCAACUACAUCGAGAUGCAGACAGAUCCUGCCAAUUGUGACUAUGUGAUUGUAAGUGGUGCCCAGAGGAAGGAGGAGCGCUGGGACAUGGAAGAGAAUGAACAGAUCCUGACCACAGAGCAGGAGAAGAAACAGAAGCUGGAGACGGACGCCAUGUUCCGCCUGGAGCAUGGCACAACAGACCAGAGCAAGUUGCAGAAGGCCAUUCCCACCCUGUCCAACAUCCAGGAAGCCCAGAGCGCCUGGAAGGAUGACUUUGCCCUUAACAGCAUGCUAAGGAGGAAGUUUAGGGAAAAGAAAAAGGCCAUAAAGGAAGAAGAGGAAAAGACACUGGCCCUACAGACCAAAGCGAACCUCAGUAUCCCCCUGGUGCCUGAAACAGAGGAGGACCGGAAACUCGCUGCCCUGCUCAAGUACCACAGUCUGGACUCAUAUGAAGACAAACAGAAAUUGAAACGAACAGAAAUCUUUGGCCGUUCCUGGUUCCCUUCUGCCUCGGGACCUGGAACCAGCAACAGCAAGGUGAACAGCGUCCUCAAGAAGCUUGCAGUUAGUCGGAAACUCAUGCCCAGUGGGUCUUCCAUCUCUAGCAGCGACCUAGGAAUUGUUCGUAGGAAGUCCAGGGAUGGCCUAGAGAGUCCUCAAGGGUCUGGAGAAGCUCCAGAGCCAAGUGGAAUGAAGGAGGAAGAAGAAAAUCAGCCGGGAGGAUCUUCAGCAGUUAGAGACUAUUCCCCAGAUGUGGAAACACAGAGCGGGCCUAGCACCUCCAUCCUCAAUUCUUCACUAGUUGCAGACUAUUCAGACUCUGAGAGUGACUAAUGUAAUUUCCUCCAUCCUAGGCUGGUCUCCUACCUGCACCUCCCUCUCCAAGAAAUUCAGGAUUACUUCUGCCAGCUAAAGUAUGUGCUCACUCCCAGGAAGACUUCCACUCA